UUUUUUUUGAAUUGUUAGUUUUUAGUUCUAAGAGUUUUAAUGUAUCUUGAAUGAAUUGUAUUUAGGAUUGAUUGAUAACGAAUGAAACUGAAACUGAAACUUAAGGUGAAUUGAAAAAUUACGCGUUGAUUGAAACCCCAUUAAUUUCAUGACCUCCGUUUUUUGAUCCCACUUUAAUUUGUUCUUAGUUUUUCAAAGUUAUUGAAAUAGCCGGUUUUUACGAUUAUAUCUUGAAUAUAUUAUUGUAUCUGAAAAUGAGCAUAACAGAAAGCGUCCAAAAAACGUAAGGACCGGAAGGUGCUCUUUGCACAAGUUUUAUUAAAAAUAAAACAUCUCUCAUAGUUUUAAGUAAGGUACUUGAGAAACUUAUAAUACUUUUUAUUGCAUUUGAAUGUCCUCAUUAUCAACUGUUUCCUCCUGAAAUAUACCAUCUUCGUCAUCAUCUUCAUCUUGCUCAAUUUCUAUUACCUUUCGAGUCAUCAAAAUACUCUCUAAUCAGGAGCUACUCGACCUCUUUCACUUGGCUCAACUAACGUGACUGCUACCUUUAUCGGAAUCACCCGUCCACCUUGGCUUAAGCCUUUUUUGUCAUUUUUUUUUUGUUUUUCGUCUGUACUGAAUUAGAAUGAGUAUUUUAAAUUAAAUACCGUUUGAGUAUUUGAAUUUUGUUGAUUCGCAUAAAUUACCACACGUUUGAAAUCCAAUCGCACAAGUUUUCUUAAUUUGUAAUCACAUUAAUUUGUUCCGCAUUAUUUGGUGUACCGCGUUAUUUUCGUGUAAUAGGGUAUUUCUUAAAAAAUGCGCGUGUUCUGUAUCCUAAAAUUGUGUGACUAAUCUUAUCAACUCAAUUACAGAAGUAAAUAUUAUGGAAAAUACAUAUCAAGAUUAUUCAAAAUGAUAUCAUCCAUAUGGCGUGACAUCACAGGACACCUGGUUUCACUUCCCGUUUAAUCAAUCAAUCGCGAUUAUUUCCACGAAAUCCAACAAAUUGACUGGUGUUUUUAAACCCGUGGGUAGGAUAAACAUAUGAUCAUACGUAGGAUAAACCCGUGAACUCAAUGGCGACGAAUUUUUAGAUAGAACCCGCUCAAUCAAUAUGAUAAGGCAGCAUUGCUAGAACUUUGUUCAAGGAACAACACAUGCUAGUACAAACAGUCUUGGAACAUCCUCGUCACACUAGUAACAAUUGUGGGACCAUAUGAUCAGUACUUGAAGUGCAUGAAGUUCUCAACUCUGUUGCAUAAAGACACACAUAUUUUCAGCGUUGUUGCAUAAAGAAUUCAGGGUACCUGAGUUUGUAUUCAGUUGUCAGAGGAAAUGGAGAGAGUUCCAAUGAAAAACAUAGCAGCUAAAAGUUUAUUAGGUGAAGGAGUUUCUCAUGCUGGAUUUGUAGUCAAACCAGGUGGAAGACUCAGAUCAAUGCAAACAAGAUAUUUGAUUUUAAGAGAAGGAUGCUUAUAUUAUUACAAGGAUUUCAAAUCAUCAAAGGAGCAAAAUGCAUUUUGCAUCAUUGGAUAUGAAGUCAAAGCAGAUUUAUCUGAGGAUGGUGUCUAUGGUAUAUCACUGAAACCAGAAUCCUUUGGAAAGAAACCUUUUUAUUUUUUGGUUUCAUCAAAUGAUGAGAGACAGACGUGGAUAGAGAAGUUAACACAAGAAAUGGGGAGAGUGGCAGCUGAUGGAUGCGAGUCCUACGAUUAUUGCCGUGAUUCAACUGCACCCAUAGAAGUACAACAUGACUACGAAAAAACCGACAAUAUAGAGACAUUUCAUCCACCAAAGCCUGCUUCAAAUGCUGGGCAACCAUGGAUGCCAAGACCGAAAGACACGCCGCCGCGACAACCAGAGGCGCCUCCACCAAUAACCCCAAAAAGGUCUGGCAUGCUACCGGCAAGACCAGUCAAUCUUGGGAUUGACAGAAAACCUAACCCAUUCAUGCCGAAAUCGUUAGCUCCGAAACCGCCAGCACCGAAACCCCAAGCACCGAAACCCCAAGAAAGGACUAUGCCGCCAUACCCGAACCCUAAUUCAAAACCAGUUCUACCGGUCGCCCCCAAGCCCGCGCAAUAUCCAAGGCCGCCAGUCCCUAAAAAGAAUUCAGAUUUAUCAUGGCAUAGUAUGUCAGAAGAUAUAUAUUUAACAAGGAAGGCAGCUGCUGACGCGUUGGCCCAAAAACUGAAGCAAAAAGAUCCAAAGGCUCCUCCUGGCUAUGAGAUUCAACGUUUAAAAACGGAAGGAAUUGAUAGUGAUAGUUCAGAUUCAGACGAUCCAAAUGGAAACCAAAUUUCUGGUACAAUGCUGCAGAGAGGAAAGCCAAGUGGCUGCAGUUCAAAGAAGAAACCUGUGGAUCCUUUGGGGGUAUCCCCAGAUGACCCCGAUGAAAAAGUGCUCCCACCCUCUGUUUUUCAAGAUUCAUUCUCAAGGGAGACUUCAGAAUGCCUUCUGAGAAGCAUUGGAAAACAAGGAAUGUACUUGAUUCGUGAAGGAAGGACCGGGUUGAAAGUUAUAACAGUCUUUCUCGCUGACGCAUGUAAACACUAUCAAGUAUUCAGCAAGAAUGGUGUACUGUUUUUGAAGGAGGGUGAACCGUCUUUCAAGACUCUGCCUGAUCUGGUGCGUCAUUACUUGAAGAGCAACCUCCCGACCUGUCAUCACACAUUAGAGUUGCCUUACAGUUGAAGACAGACUCAAGUAAAUUUAUUUUGAAUAUAAUCGGAACCAGCAUUUUGCUAAUCAAAUUUCCUGUUUGAUUUUUCUUCCUUAAGGUAAAUCUUAUUUUCGCGCACCUUCGCAGAACUUAAAAGCUGUGUAUCUCAACUGUAGGGUCAAAUUUUCAAGAUGCUCUCGUCGUGUUCACUUUUUCAAAUUGUUUAAACAGUUUUUAAUUCAAGUCGAUGUAUGUAUUUUCGACGCGUGAUGGCAGAGUCCACUUUCUAAUGUUUUUUUCAGUCCUUAAAUUAUCAUAAACUGAGUCGCUCACGUCACGCGAACUCAUUUAUGUUUGAGAAAUCGUCGAGAAUUAGCGCGGCGUUGCUGAUUGGAGAACGUAACAAUCCAACAAAAUGCUUUUAGCUGCGAACGUGUGUCAGGUGUCCAUUUAAUUAAGAUGUAUUUAUAUUAUGGUUUAAUAGAUUUAGAAGUAUUGAUUUUGUAAGUUCUAACUUGAGAAUAGUAUAGGCAGGCUCCUAUUUAUUUUUGAUUCCUACACUGAUUGCAUCAUUUUUGUCUAAGUUUAUGCCUUCUUUUUGACUCAAUCGAUUGAAUUAUGGGCAAAUUUUAGAUCUUUUAAUUAUUUUCUGAUUCACAUAAGCCUCUUUCUUAUUGUUUUUACCCAAUGAAUCCUGUAAAAGUUUUCAGUGCUUUAGAGUCGUGAUUAGAACAUUCUGAGCGUGAAGGUUGCUUUUACAGCCACUCGAUAAAUCUGUACUUUGCAUGUAAAUGAAUAUUGCCUUGAAAUCUAUCACCUUGUGAAUAUAUUAUGAAGCUAUUUUGCAUCCUGUUUAAAACCAUUUAGAAUUAACCUAAUUUCCAGCUUUUUUUAGGCUAGCUAGGGCAUAAGAAAAAUGCACAGUAAACUCUCAUUUUCCAAAGUUCUUUUAUUAUCGUGCUAAUUUAGAAAGAUCUACUGUCUUCUUUCACGUUGCCACUUAGACAGGGUUGUUUUGUAUUAGGGAGGGAAUUUUCUCGCUAAUCAUGAUUUAUUAAACCAGUUAGUUUAGAUCAUUCAGAAUUAGGACUAAUUUUCUUGUUUUGCUGAAAAAUUUAAUUUCAGCUGAACAAUUGCUUGUUUGAAAGGAAAUCAUCACUUGCUAGUUUUCGUUUUUAUAACUUGCAAAUAAUGAACUGGUAGAAUUAUGCUUGAUAGGAGAGGAUGCAACCUUAAAGAAAUCAUUGCCGUUAACAGUUCUAUUUUUGUACCGUAUAAAUUUGUAUUGUAUUUGCAGUAGUAGUAUUGUAAUUUUUUA